CCAAAAACCUCCCUCUCCUCUCCUCUCCUGUCGGCAUAAAUAGACCCCCGCCGGCCUCGCCUCCCUCGUCUCGUUCUCCUUCCCCCGUGCCCCGCCCCUCGAUCCGGACUCUCUGCUGCCGCCAUGGCGUCGUCGCCGCCGCCGUCUCCGAGCGCCGAGGGCGGCGCGGUGUGCUGCAUGUGCGGCGACCGGGGCCUCCCCGGCGAGCUGUUCCGCUGCAGGCGCUGCCGCGCGCGGCUGCAGCACCGGUACUGCAGCGACCUGUACCCGAGGGCGGCCGCGUACCGGCGCUGCAACUGGUGCCUGCGGGAGCCGGCGUCCGACCACGGCGGGCGACCGGCCCACGCCGCGGCGGCGGUGCCUAAUAGCAGGCCAGAGGAGAAACGGAAGACGGCGCCAGUGCCGGCGUCGGCGUCAGAUGAGGAGCGGCAGCGGCAGCGCCACGAGGGGUGCUCGUCGAGGAGGCCGCCCGCGGAGCCCAGCCGCCCGGUGAAGAAGAAGCACAAGGCCCAGGAGAAGGUGCCGCCGACGGCGCAGCCGAAGGAGAUUAUUACUAGUGACGCCAGCGGCAGCAAGGAGGUGAUGCGGGCGGGGAAGACGCGGGUGAGCAGGGUGAGGGUGCGCCGGUACAAGCUCCUGGCGGAGGUCAUCAGCUGCUAGUAGCUAGCUACAGUAAUUAUCCAGGAAUUAGAGGAGCCACCACCACUAUAGUAUGGCCUAUAUAUGGCGCAGGAUGGCACCACGGACCGGUCGAGAUGGAUCGCUAAUGCAAGAGCCAAUGUACAUAGACUGAGUGUGUGAAUAAGUAUCGAUCCUAGCUACUGUAUAUAUCUAUCCUGAA